AUGCAUCCCUACCACCACGCUGCCACGGUGCAAUAUGGCCAGCCGCAGCAGCGGCAAACGUACAUCCAUUCCGUGGCCGGACAGCCCGUCCAGAUGCAGCAGCCAAUGCAACCAAUGCAACCACAGAUUCAAGGUUACCGCGCACCUGCCAGUGGCCUCGCGCCUUCGGGAGCACAGUACACCUUCUACGGGGCAUCCAAUGUGCCGGCGACACCGAACCCCGCCAUGUGGCAACCAGGGAUGAUGCCGCCCUCAAGAAGCUUUCCUGGUCUGGCGGCACAUCCCUUGCCCCCGGAGCACAGCAUUGGGCCCAGCGAAGCAGGCGCCGCGGCCGUGACUGCGGUGCCGGAAGCGCAGGAGGAGUCGAGCAGUGAAUACGAAUCCGACUCCGACGCCUCCGCCGCGGCCUCGCCCAGCGCGCCUGCGGAGGCCUCGCACACGGCCUCGCCAGAGUCGCCGGCAGGAGAGGAUGGAGAGGCUGCAGUUACGGGCGUCCCACCUCCAACCUCGGCGGGCGAGUUGGAUGCAGGUGUGAUUGCUGGCAUGCCACCGUCCAUGACCAUUUCCCAAGUGCCCUCCGUACAGUCUGAGCGGCAAGAGAAGGACUCCUUCACCAACGUCAACUACCAGACCCAUGACCCUCGCGCGCCCGUCAAGGAGGAUGUCAAUUUGCAGACGCGUAUCGAUGCCAAGUUGAUCAACGAGGCUCCCGUGUUACCUACACGUUCCAAGAUCACCACGGAUGAGCACUUGGAUCAGGUGCUGUUCCCCCGCGGCUUCCGCGUGGACCGCACGCUGCCCUCCAAGCGCAAGGGCCUGUCGCCGGGGGCGCUGGGCAAAGGUGCCUUCGGCGUGGUCUACAAGGGUUUCAAACGCGAUGGUGAGGAGGUGGCCUUGAAGGUCUCUGAAAAUGCCACUGCCACGCAGCCCAUGCUGGAUCAGGAGAUCAAUAUCUUGAAGAUGUUGGACCAUCCAAGCAUUGUGAAAUUCUAUGACGCCUUUGUUGACAAGGAGAGUGACUGGAUGAUCAUCGCUAUGGAGCUGGUCUCCGGUGGCGAUCUCCUAUCUUCACUGACCGGUGAACCCCAAGUCUACGAGGAGCGCGGCGCUGGUCCUUCCACGGAAGGCUUCUUUAGCCUCAGCGCCAAGAAUAUUGAUGGGCAAGAGAUCGCGUUUUCAUCCCUACGGCGGCCGGUGCUGGUAACGAACGUGGAACUGAACAAAGAGGUCGCUGGAUUGACGAUCAUGGCAUUUCCAUGCAACCAAUUUGGAGCGCAAGAGCCAGGCACUGCAUCUGAGAUCAAGAGCUUUGUGAAGGAGCAGGGCGCAUCUGUGGAUGAUCCUGAUUCAGGAUUUCUUCUCAUGGAGAAGGUGGAGGUGAAUGGUCCGGGCACACAUCCCGUGUACGCCUUCUUGAAAUCCUCCAGCCACGCUGCUGACAUCAAGUGGAACUUCGCUUCUUACUUCCUGGUGACCCGCUCCGGCGCCGUCCAGCACCUGCCUGGUGGCCGCAACGGACCUGCCAGCAUGCGCGGCGCCAUCGAUGAGGCGUUGGUGCGGCCGAUGGUCUUUCACAUCGCCUGUGCCCUAGCACAUGCCCACGAGUUGGGUGUGGUGCAUCGAGAUUUAAAGCCCGAGAACAUCCUCCUACGACAGGGCGAUCGCUUUCCCAAGGUAGCUGACUUUGGCUUAUCUCGAUCUUUGAGGGCAUCGGAAGUGGCCAUGACAGUGGCGGGUACACCGACCUACAUGGCCCCCGAGAUUCAGGAUCCCAGGCUCCCGUAUGACUUCCCAGCGGACGUGUACUCUCUGGGCUGCAUUCUUACUGACAUGAUGGACAAAGCCUUUUGCUGCAGCUGGUAUGCCAAAGCGAUGCAGGGAAACCACGAAAAGAUGCGGAAACGCUGGCCGGAAGGCUGUGUACCACAUCACUUUAGCCGUGAAUUAAAAGAAAUGCAAGGUAAGAUGAUCGGUCAAGCUCCUGGACUUCGUCCAAGCUGCUACCAGAUCUGCAAGGACCUCUUGUCUUUGGCUGAUGAGAAGGUGUUGCCCAAUGCCUUGUGGCAGGAGCGGCCGAAGCUGCCAACGGGGCCACCGCUACAGAAGAUGCUGAGUCCGGAACUGGCGGCAGACAUCGCAGGGCGAGGCGGCUAUGGGGUUGGCGUGAAUGUCAUGGUGCUGGUGAAUGGCCAGUGGCUCCCUGGAAAGGCGCAGCGAGAUGCACAACAAAUGGCGGCCAUGUUUGGGAUGUUGGAAAGUUCCAUGGCAAUACUGUCAACCCUGGAUUUUUAUAAACCCCGUUUACGGCUGUUGAAUUGGGAGGGUACCAUAAAAAAGUAUUAG